GUCUGUUCUUGGUCUCAUGGCGUUCCUCUGUGAGUUUUCGGUGUGAGACGACAGCAGUGUGUUUCAUAAUCUAGUAUUGCCUACAUCCAUCCACACUCCACAAUCAUUCAUUGGUGUCAGGGACUGGAGCUAACAUGGGCCGUCACUCCUCAGACAGCGAAGACAACAGCCGUAGCAGGAGGAGAAGACAUAGACAGCGCUCUUCCUCCUCCAGCUCCUCUGGAAGCAGAGUGACCUGCCGCAGCAAACACUCCAGCAGACGAUCUCGUUCACGCUCCAGAAACCGAAACAGAGAUAGAGACAGGAGGCACAGACAUCGUUCUAGCAGUAGCUCUUCCAGAGGGUCCAGCCACAGGAGGCAGAGCCGUAGCACUGAUAGGGGGCGGAACCACAGGUCCUACAGAUCUCGAUCCCGCAGCCGAAAUCGGAGGUCUCGCUCGCGUCAGAGGAGAUCCCACAGUCGCAGCAGUGGUCGAUCCAGCAGAAAAUGCAGUCACAGCAAAGACGGAGAUCACGAGCAACAUAAAACUCGAGAAAAAGACAGGACACGAGACAAAACUAAAGACAAAAAGACAGACAAAGCCAAAGAGAAACAAAGGGAAACAGGAAGUAUCAAAGCUGGAUUACAAAAUCUGACAUCUGCAGAACAGGCGAAAGCACGACUCCAGUUGGUGCUCCAAGCUACAGCAAAAACUGAUGAAGUUCUGAAAAUAAAGGAAAAUCUUGAAGAGGAAACAGGGAAAAUAAAAGAGGAAGAGGAAGUAUCUCUCGCGGAGCAGGUAAGGAGGAUAAAGGACAUUGAGGCCAUCGAGAGCGACUCUUUUGUUCCUCAGGCUUUCAAAUCAUCUCGGGAUACCACAAAGGUGAUUGGAACUUCUGAGAUCCAGAAAGAAUCAGACAUGGCUACUGUGAAGGAGGAAGUGACCUCUCUGCCCACCUCUAUCACGUACAACGACAGUAACAUCCUGGCUCACCGUAAUUUAUUCGUGGAAAAAGAGGAGGCAGAGAUGUUGUGGCUGAACAGAUUGAUUUCUCUGCGUCAGGAGAGACUCAUGGGUAGUCCAGUACCCUGAUGACCCAACACUGCAUGAGACCAUAAAAAUCGCUGUUAAUAUGGACUGCUUGCAUAUUAGCCUCUGUAAUUCCAUUAGACAACAAUAAACCCAGCCAUUUUAUUAAUCCAUACAUGAAAGGUUCACACCCAACACUUUCAACCAUAUUCCUUGAAUGGCAGUUGAUUUGUGACCCUACCUUGUUUAGGUUGCUUUAAAAUUUGUUUAUUUUCUAAUACUAGUAUUCAAAUCAUUUGUGGAGUGUAGUAACAGAGUGGUUGAACAGCACAGGGGGAAAAAGGUGCAAGUGCACCACCUAGUGGUUUCAAUGGGAAAUAUAUACAGAAACUGAAUUUAAGCACGUUAAUGUUUGUUUAUCGAUCUCAAUUAAUUGUAACACUGUGGGAUAUGUAUUUGUAUCCAGAUUUGAUUAGUUAAAACCUAAUGAUUUAAAAAAUAAUAAUAAUAAUAAUAAUUUUACCUUAUACUAACAAACAAUUGUGAUAGUAUUAACCCGCAGUUAUUUACUGGUCUUUUUUAAUUAAUUUCUUAUGGAUCUUUUUGAAUAUAUGCUGUUUAUAAGCCAGUUUUGAGCAAAGACAUCCCUCUUCCCAUCAACAUUAUUGUAUGACAAUUGUAUUUAGUAUGUAUUGGGAUUUGUUUUUUCCUUUUUUGAAAUAAACCUUGUUUUAAUUUUUAAAUAGAA